AUGCUCCCGAAAAGGGCUGUCGCUCCGGGAAAUGCCGGAUGCCGGAGCCGUUCGCGUCGGAUGGCUUCCCUGCGCGUCUGCAAAUCCCCAAACAUUGCCAUUGCUACUGCACCCAGCCAAGCCCCGCCGCCAGCCCUGCGCACAAUACCCGGACGCUAUCUCUUCACCACAGCGCUCGUCGACUCGCAGCCAUUAAUGCCCAGCCACGAUCACAGGGCGCGCAGUGUCUCUGGUGACAUCGAGAGCUCCGACAUUGGUUCUCCUCAUGAGGGCGAUGGCAUGUCAGGUUCUGCCAACGCUCCAGGCAAACCAGGCAGAAAGAAGAACCCAAACUCCCAAGCAGCAAGGCGCGACCAAAAUCGCAUAGCUCAGAGGGAGUUUCGUCUGAGGAAGCAACAACGUAUUCGUGAUUUGGAAGCGAGUGUCGAGAUUCUCUCCGGCGGCAAGGAUGAAGCUCUCGGUCACUUGAGGAAGAUUUUAAAAGACUUGAUGCACGAAAACCAGGUCCUUCGAGAUCUCCUUCGCAGUCUGAGUUCGUUCAUAGGCGACGGUGCAGGAGGUCUUCUCCCAAAACUAGGCUGGGACUUGAAUGACUUCAACAAUUUCAUCAACAAGGCAGAGACGGACUCUGCAUGGGAGAGCUAUCAGCGCCACAAACAAGAUUCUUCCAAUACCGCUGCUGCCAGUGCAUCCGCGUCGGGUUCACAGCCAAUCACGGCUCAAAAGCGUCCCUCAGAGGAGGAUCCCCUGGUACGCGCGAAGCGUCCUCGGGGAAUGAGCGAACAGAAUGGCAACGGUGAACAUACAGAUUCUUUUGCUAAUCCUAUGCUUGUGCCUCUGAACUCUGCCGGACAAUCUGUCGGUCCUAGCGGUCUCUAUCCAGCGACAGGCAGACAAUCUCACGACGCGUCUAUUCUUAACGAGUUUCUGCGCAACAGCUCGAAUGGCUCUCCUAUGUUCAUGUCUCCAUCCUCUCCUGCCAAUGCCUCGGGCUCUUAUAAUCCACCAACAAGUACGAGCGUUGGAAAUUCUUAUCAAGGUUCUUAUAUGCAAACACCGAUGUCCGUUUCUGCUGACGGAGGUAUGGGUUCCAUCCCCCUUGGAGGGUCUGUCUCUGUACAACAGUCGAGAGUGGCUCCAACACCGCCAAAUCAAGCCGUCAGCCAGGAAGACGAUACAGAGCCCAAGAAGGAGGACGCAUAUAAGCUGAUUCAUUACCAUCUAGAUAACUACAAACGCAAUAGUGCAUAUUGCCUUCCCUCUUCUCUUCGGCCCACUCUGGUGCAAAGAACUGUUCCUCAUGAGAGUGUAAUCGAUGCCAUCCUGCAUCCGGAACUUCGCGAUCGCAUGAUCCUUCUCCGAGGGAGAUUUGACCUGGUCGACUGCUUACAUGACUACCGAAGUGCGGUUGUCAUCCACGGCGACGACGUACUUGCUCAUAGCAAUUGGGAGAUCUCUGAAACUUGGCUUCAACAGUACAAGUUUUUGGCUGAUCAAGCGACACUAAUGAUCACGAACCGCUGGCGACGCGAAAGAGGCGAAUCUGAGUUGCGUCUAGCUGAUUUCCAAGAGCAUCCAACAUCUGUCUAG